AUGAGGACGUCGGAAAAUGUGUCACCGUCUUUCUUGUUCGACUUCACAAAGAUUUUGUUAGCAGAAUCAGAGCUGAAUAUUAAUCUUCAAGAAGCGUAUCUUCGAAUGCAUGAUACAUCCCCUACAGAUGAUUUAGUGGUGCAGGGUCAUGAACAUAUUCCCGAGUACAAGGAGUUAACGAAACGCGCCAUCGAAUUGCGACGUGUUUUGUCCCGGGUGCCAGAAGAAAUGGCCGACCGUCAUCAGUUCCUCGAAACUAUAAAGAUUAUCGCAUCUUCUAUCAAAAAAUUGUUGGAAGCUAUCAAUGCUGUUCAUCAAAUAGUACCUCAGUCAGCGCAGCAAGCGGUGGAGAAAAGAAAAAGAGAAUUUGUACAUUACUCCAAGAGAUUUAGCAAUACACUCAAGACUUAUUUCAAGGAUCAAAAUGCUGUACAGGUCUCGGUCUCCGCCAACCAAUUGGUUUUCCAAACUUCUUUAAUCAUCAAAACAGUGAACGAGAAAUUGAGAAGAUAA